UUGACAGGUGACUUAACACCUGUGUUUUGAAGGUCUUUCAGCAUGAAACGGGUAUAAAUAGUUAAUAGGUAACUGCAUCUAGUCCUCAUUCGUCCAAAAUGAUCUGGCUCCUGGCUCUUGUGUCCUGCUUUGGACUGAUUUGUGCUGAAGAACCCUUCAGACACAAUGACAGGGUGAUAGGAGGAAGUGAUGCUGAACCCAACACCUGGAAAACGCAGGUUUCUCUGCAGUUUGACUCAUCCGGUAAUCGUUAUUUCUCUCACAUCUGUGGCGGUUCUGUUAUUUCUAGCUUCUACAUCAUGACGGCAGCUCACUGUAUCCUCAGCACGGACGCCAGUCAUUAUCAGGUGGUGGUGGGCGAGUAUAACCUGGCUGAAUACGAAGGCAGCGAAGAGUUCAUCUCAGUGAAGAGAAUUAUUGUCCAUCCUGACUGGAAUGGAGAUCUCGGCAAUGGGAAUGAUAUUGCCAUCUUGAGACUGGCUACUCCCAUUUAUGCUAACGGUUAUGUGGAAAUAGCCAACCUUCCCUAUCCCGACCAGAUGCUGCCUCAUGGCUUCACCUGCUACAUCACAGGCUGGGGAUCAAUGGACCAUUUUGGAAACAGCCCAGACAAACUGCAGCAGGCUCCUAUCAACAUUGUGGAGCAUGCAGUCUGCUCUAAACCUGAGUGGUGGGGCAGCCUUGCUUUGAAAACUAUGGUUUGUGCCGGAGGAGAUGGAAUCAUCUCAGGCUGUCAUGGCGACUCUGGAGGUCCUUUGCACUGCUUCUCCGAUGACGUCUGGAGAGUCCAUGGCGUUGUUAGUUACGGACCAGCUGGCAUGUGCAACCAAGUGUCCAAACCCACAGUCUUCACCAGAGUUUCAUCCUUCAUCUACUGGAUGUAUUCAGUUAUGAAUGAAAAUUAAUUGAAUGCAGAGCUAUAACUCCUAACUUUAACACGAAACAAAUGAAAUAAAAUAAAAUCUAUGAGUAUCUCAGA